AUGGCAAGUCUAACUAAACUCGAAUUCGCAGGUCUCGAUAUCUCAGGAAAUAAUUAUAUUUCUUGGGCACUUGAUGCCGAGCUUCAUUUGGAAGCUAAAAGCCUCGGGCAUACCAUUACGGAAGGAAACAACGCGUCCAACCAGGACCGCGCUACGGUUCUAAUUUUCCUUCGCCAUCAUCUCCAGGAUGAUUUGAAAAGGGAAUAUUUGACAGUUAAAGAUCCAUUUACUUUAUGGAACUGUCUGAAAAAACGGUUUGACCACCUGAAGUUGGUCAUACUUCCAAAAGCUCAGAAUGAUUGGUUGAACUUGCGGCUGCAAGAUUUUCGAUCAGUGGCAUCUUAUAAUUCUGCUCUGUUUAAAAUUACCUCGACAUUAAAAUUGUGCGGGAAAAAUGUCACUGACGAACAAAUGUUAGAGAAAACAUUUACAACUUUUCAUGCCUCGAAUGUGCUCCUGCAGCAGCAAUAUCGAGAGCGUAAAUUUACAGAAUAUUCCGAGCUAAUUUCCUGUUUGUUGAUUGUAGAGCAGAAUAAUGAGAUUUUGUUAAGAAACCAUGAAGCUCGUCCUGUUGGUUCCGCAGCGGUGCCUGAAGCACACGCUGCUACGCAUUUUAGACGAGGAAAUAAUCAUGGUAACAAAGGCAAACAUGGAAAUGGUAAAGGAAACCAACGUGGGGGCCACAAAAAUGAACGAGGAAAGGGUGUCCGUUACCAGCCGUACCAACGGCCGCUAAAAAUUGCGGAACCAAAGGAACCGAAGCAAGAAAAGGGAAAGGGUUCUUCUAGCCAACCUCCUCAUAAAAGUGUUUGCUAUAGGUGUGGCUUAACUGAUCACUGGCAGCGUACCUGUCGUACGCCGGAACAUUUUGUUAGGCUCUAUCAGGCGUCCCUGAAGCGACCUGCCGAAGACAUAGAGACAAAUUUAAUUGAAGCAAGUGCCCCCAGUACCAGUGAUACCCACUUAGAUGUAUCUGAUUAUCUCGUCGACCUUGAAAGUGGCGAGCCUAGUCAGUUUCUUUUGAUGAGCUGUAGAACUGUUUCUUCCUUAUGCCCUGUAGUAUAUUUCCUUGUGUUUUCUGAUAUGGAUUCCAGAAGUAAUCUAUCCAAAAUGGACGAUGGAGAUGUUUGUUUAGUUGACAGUGGAACAACAAACACAAUUUUUCGAACCCAUAAAUAUUUUAUAACCUUGAAGAGGUUUAAGGGUAAUGUGAAUACCAUUUCGGGUUCGAGUAAUAUGAUAGACGGCUCCGGAAGAGCGUGUAUCAUUCUACCAGGUGGUACAAAAUUAAUUAUUGAAGACGCCUUAUAUUCUACCAGAUCCCAAAGGAAUCUGUUGAAUUUUAAAGAUAUUCGGCGUAAUGGUUACCACCUUGAAACAACGGAUGAGCAUAAUAUGGAGUACCUGUAUGUUACUUCAUCUGCCUCGUGCCAGAAGCACGUUGUGGAGAGGCUUAAGGCCAUCUCUUCUGGGUUAUAUCUUACGAGAAUUCGAAUAGUCGAAUCUCAUAUUGUCAUUAACCAGAAGUUUAAUGACCCUGAAUUAUUCAAGCUUUGGCAUGACCGGCUUGGACACCAAGGUUCUACCAUGAUGAGUAGAAUAAUACAAAAUGCUCAUGGGCAUCCGUUACAAAACCUGAAACUUUUGUUAAGUAAGGAUAUGAAUUGUGUUGCUUGUUCCCUAGGAAAACUGGUUAUAAAACCAUCCUUAACCAAAGUUAUUAUUGAGUCAUCAACAUUCCUACAGAGGAUACAUGGUGACAUUUGUGGGCCUAUCCACCCACAGUGUGGACCAUUUCAAUACUUUAUGGUAUUGAUAGACGCAUCUGCUAGAUGGUCUCAUGUCUGCUUAUUAUCAACACGUAAUGUUGCAUUUGCCAGACUGCUUGCCCAAAUUAUUCGGUUGCGAGCCCAUUUUCCGGACUUUCCUAUUAAGUCCAUUCGGCUUGAUGGCGCUAGUGAAUUUACAUAUAAGGCUUUUGAUGCUUAUUGCCUUUCAGUUGGUAUUGAUGUCGAGCAUUCUGUAGCACAUGUGCACACUCAGUAUGGAUUAGCUGAGUCUUUUAUAAAGCAUCUUCAGUUGGUUGCUCGACCCAUGCUUAUGAGGACUAAAUUACCAGUUUCUGCAUGGGGACAUGCUAUUUUGCACGCAGCGGCUUUAGUCCGACUUCGACCAACUGCUAGCCAUCAAUACUCCCCUCUACAACUUGUCUUGGGGAAGCAACUAGAUAUUUCGCACUUACGUGUCUUUGGUUGUGCUGUUUAUGUGCCUAUUGCACCACCACAACACACUAAAUUCGGUCAACAACGUCGCCUUGGUAUUUAUGUUGGUUUUGAUUCACCGUCUAUUACAAGGUAUUUAGAGCCUUUAACAGGUGAUGUCUUUACAACUAGAUUUGCAGAUUGUCAUUUUGAUGAGACACUUUUCCCGCCGUUAGGGGGAGAUGAUAAGCCGUCAAAAGAACGGCGUGAAAUAUCUUGGUACACACCAAGUCUGUCUCAUCUUGACCCUUGCACUAAUUAA